GUCAGAAGAGCGUGAUAAAUCGCAAUGCAUUAUUGAUAAUAAUAAUUACUUUGACAUGCGCAUUUCUACUCGAGGGGCAAAUUUCGCCCGACCUGGAGAAUUUCUCAAGGAGAGCUGAUGGUCGCAGGUUACCAUGUCCCGACGCAAGCAAACUAAACCACAGCAUAUCAAUUCAGACGAGCCCGCUUCGACACAAAAUGGGAUCUUGCAUGAUGGUCCAAGCGAGGAUGUCUGUAUUGAAGCCAAGAGGCGGCGAUCGGAGGAGACGAGGGUUUGUGACAAAUGUUGUGCAGAGUUCUUCGAUGAGGCCGAGUUUCUCGAACAUGAGAAAAAUUGCACUAAGAGUCAGCAGGUCGUGAUCAUGAAAGAUGGUGAUGGAAGUGAAGUGCCUCCUGAAUACACCCAGCAGUCUUCAGAUAACUUUGUAAGCGAUCUUAACGGUGACGCUCAAUCGGCCGGUAGUUUGAAGCACAACGGAGAGUUUGAUGAAAUUGAAGCAGAGCUCAAACUGAACCAGGAUGACCCCUCGAAUAAAGAACAAGAGAUAUCAGGCAGUCCAGACAUGAGCUACAUGUUAUCUUCCAAAAUGCAAGACUCUAACGUGACUCUCGAGUCCAUGGCUGCUACCAAAGUCGCCGUAACGCAACAUUCAUCCAGUUCGUCCAGUCAGAAGUCUCCGCAACAGCAGCCAGACGCUCUUCUUACAAUCCCAAUGAUUCUGGAACAAUUAGUCAGCCUCCAGCAGCAACAACUGCAGCAGAUUCAGCUAACCGAGCAGAUUCGCAUCCAAGUGGCAAUGAUGGCACCCCAGAGUCUCCAUUCUGCUGUGGGCGCUGCCGUGGAUCCGCUGAAAGCGCUGGGCGCGCAUCUGUCACAACAGCUCUCAGCUGCAGCCGCCCUCAUUGGAAAGCGGACCGGCUCUCAGAACUUGUCUUUGGAGGCCCUGAAAAAAGCCAAACUACCUCAAUCCAAUGCCAUCCCCACGUCCCUCGCUGGAGGUUUGAGCUCUUUGCCCUUGAAGGCAGACUUGAAAGGGCUCCCCGAUCUGGCAAGCCGGCUUCCAGCGCUGCUUCCACAAUCUUCCACAAUCAAUUUACAGAGUCCCUUCAGCGGUCUGGCGGCAGGCAUGGAUCCCUCCAAAAUGGCAAAAAAUAAGAUCCCAGUGAUGGCUGAGGUGAAGAACGGCACAGGUGAACACAUGUUCAAGCACAAAUGCAAGUUCUGCGGGAAGUCGUUCGGAAAUGACAGCGCUCUCCAAAUCCACUUGCGCUCGCACACUGGCGAAAGGCCCUUUAAAUGUAACAUCUGCGGAAACCGUUUCACAACCAAAGGAAACCUCAAAGUACAUUUCCAGAGGCACAAAGACAAAUAUCCACACAUUAGGAUGAAUCCACAUCCUGUACCAGAACACCUGGACAACAUCCCUACAAACAGCGGCAUCCCUUACGGCAUGUCCUUGCCUAUGGAGGAAAAUGGUUUUGCUGACAAUAAACCUGUGCUUGGGCUUCCCUCCUCAGGUCUCCAUCCAUCAGCGCUCCAGGGAUUCAAGUCCAACUUUGAUGUUCCAGUGAGCGGGGACCUCUACUCUCAGAGACCCUCUUCGUCUGGCAGCGAUGGCACAUCCAUUUCUUCUGGCAUGUUUGGUCAGGAAAUGUCAGGACUGGAUCAGAGCAAGGAUUCCUCUGAUGCUCUGGCUGGGUUGCACCACAUAAAUGGCAGCGAUCUCUCUGGUGAAAAUGGCUCCGGCACAGCUAAACUUCAGCAGAUGGUGGAUGGCUUGGAGAAGAGGACCAGUGACCCCAACGAAUGCAUGAUAUGCCACAGAGUGCUCAGCUGCCAAAGUUCACUCAAAAUGCAUUACCGCACCCACACCGGUGAGCGACCGUACAAAUGCAAAAUCUGUGGCAGGGCGUUCUCCACCAAAGGCAACCUUAAAGCGCAUUACGGCGUUCACAGGGCCAACACUCCCCUCAAGAUGCAACACUCUUGCCCGAUCUGUCAUAAGAAAUUCACCAAUGCAAUCGUUCUCCAGCAGCAUAUUCGUAUGCACAUGGGUGGCCAGAUUCCCAACACUCCCCUUCCUGAGAAUCAAUUUGAAAGUCCUGAGGCUUUAGAUGUUAGCUUGACCGAGGACAAGAAUAUGGACUCCAAUGAGCAAGAGGAGAGCAUGGAGGAACAAGAUAUGGAUUUGGACAAGAUGAACAACUCAACAGAGCCUCAUUUGGUCUCCAAAGAAGAUCAGUUUUUUCAAGGUCCGUCUGCGUUUACAGGCAUCGCUGCCCUGGAGAACCACAUGAAGAGUCUCACCUCUGCACUGAAUCUACAACGGCAAAGCAGCACUGCUUCUGAGAGCGACAGCGGCCUGAAAGAUUCUCCUUCAGGGUCUGGAGAGAUGGAUUACAAGAACGGCCGUAGUCCAGCGGUGUCAGAUUCUGUCUCCUUUCACUCCUCGUCUCCUAUAGAUGGUCCUCUGAGUAAUGCUCAGUCCAAAUCGCCAGAAUCCAUGAAUGCAGCUAGGAUGGACCCUGAUGGUUUAGCUCAAGAUUUUAGUGAAAACAGUGGAGCGUUGGACUUGACAUCUAGUUUCACUCCAAAGUCCAUUAAAGAAGAGCCAGGUCUGCCUUUCUUAAAUGUGGAAUAUGGCUCUAGUCAAUUGCCAUUCAUGAGGGUUCCUCCAAGUCUGGUCAAACUGGAGAUGCAGAUCCCUCCUGAGAGUCCCAUGAGCGCCCACGGCCUGUACAGCUCCCAACUUCCUCAAGGAGCAGCCACGCCUCCAACUUCUGCCAGCGCUCCUCGUCGUUCUGCCAAGCAACAUCUCUGCAACGCCUGUGGCAAGAACUUUUCAUCUGCCAGUGCUCUGCAAAUCCACGAACGCACUCACACGGGAGAAAAGCCAUUUGUGUGCACGAUUUGUGGCAGGGCUUUCACGACAAAGGGCAACCUUAAGGUACAUGUUGGUACUCACAUGUGGAAUAAUUCAGCACGACGAGGUCAGCGUCUGUCACUGGAUAACCCGAUGGCUUUGAUGGCCAUGGGCACCGAGUCCAAGAUGAUGACAGACAUGAUGCAACCCCCCAAGGAUUUGAUUCCACCACCGAUCAGUUUUGACCCUUCCGUGUGGAACCAGUACGCCGCCGCCUUCACGAACGGCCUGACUAUGAAGACCAACGAGAUUUCCGUCAUCCAAAAUGGCGGCAUUCCUCUCCCCGGAAGUCUCGCCGGAGGUCCUUUAGUGGGCUCUAUGGGGGAAAUAACAAAGAUGGAAUCUUCCCAAUCUGCCAUGCCAGGCACAGUCGCUGAAAUGGAAAAGAAUGGAUCUGAAAGCGUAGUCAAGUUUCCACAUUUUAUGGAGGAGGGUAAAGUGAAUUAGGACUUGCUAAGACUCUACAAGAAUUUUCUCAAUCAACUCUGUUUUGUGCUGGUCGGCUUGUGAUGAGCUGUGAUGAAAUAUGAUGGAUUAGGCUAUUUAUUAAGGCAGUCCUCAUUUGGUACAAUCAAAUCGUAUGUGUAACGUUCCUUUGGAGAAGUUGUGAAUGUACAUAGCCUUGUAAAAUCAGCCCAUCGCCUAAAACGGGCCAUGCCUUCCGUUUUGGACCCUUAACCUACUAGUGAUGCUUCUAGAUGGAUUUCAUGUAACUACUGUAGUUCUUAUUUUACUUUCUCUCUAAUAUAUGCGGGUAUUUUGUCAAGUUAUGUUUCUAGAAGUUGAAUGUAAGUCUUACUUGAAAUAACUUUAUUCCAUGGACACACUUUGUCUGAUUUCCAUUGGGCCACAGGACGGUGAUCCUGUGUUUUAACCGGUAACAUCUUGUUGCGGGGCGUCUCUGCUCGAGCGCUCACAAUCCUGUUGUGUUUUGAUGUUGUUUGUAAGUAAUUGUUAACAACAUCUCUGUCAUAGAGGUGGAAUAUGUGCCUGGAGAACUUGUCCGUUUCCAUCCACGAUCUACUGAAGUUUACAGUUUCACGAAUAGACAAACUGAGUAGUUAUAGUGUAGACAUUUGUUCUGAAACUGGAUUUCACUAAGUUAUUAUGAAUUUUUUUGACUCGAUAUAGUUUCUAUAUGCGCUUAAUACCAAAAAAUAAUUUUGCUAAGUGCCUGUCUUGGAGUGCAUUUUCUUUCUUAUCGUUGUCCCUCCCUAAAAGACACCAUAGGUUUGUAAGCAAGGCCUUUUGGAUGUCAUCUUUUAUUUAGACCGAGAUGUGAUGUUUUUGUGUUUUUCUUUUCCAGUGUCCGCUCGCGUGGGGAUUUCAGUGGUCCUUAAAUGCCAGUUAGAUUGAAGCGGCUUCGUUUAAGACCUUUGAUAGGACUUGAGAUAGCCGGUAUAAAUACUGAAACACCUGAUCAGUCCUUGCACUUUAUUUGUCCUUCUGCUAAGAUUUAAACUGAUUGAGCGUUAUCCUGUGAUCCGUUGUUUUUGGAUGCAUCAUUCAGCCAGCAUUAGCUCGCUUGCCGUUUUACGACACCCGACUUUUAGAAUUCUGUAAAUUGUCCGUUUACCAUGCAUUUUAUACUUGUGAGCUAAGCAGGCUUGGAUAUCUUGCAUCACCCGUGUCCCCAGAAUGCAUCAACUGGUUUUUUGCAGGGAUGUUUUUGAGAUCGUAGUCAUGCACCCUUGUGUAAAAGAAAAAGUCUUUGUGCACACGGGGGAUCUGAACCGUGAGCUUUAAGCUGGUCAAAUUUCUACCUCAUUUAGAUGCCUCUACCUUUUUUUUUUUUCGCAUCGUGUUUGGCGUUAUGGUUGCAUCCUGCCCCGUAACCUGCUGAUUUCUGUAAUAUAUUGAAUGUAUCACCAGACACUUUGCACAACAUUUGAUCAGAAAAGGCAGACUCCUCCUGUAGGUUCUUUCUAAUAUGCAUUUACCAAGUUGUGCCUUUUUCUAGAUGUAUAGAGAGAUCAGAUCUUGGUUAAAUGGGGUCGCGUCUGUAUGUUUGUUCAAAUGUUGCGGCGGUUUUAGGCUUGUUUACAGUGUAGACUUUUUUUUGUAAAUGUUUGCUUUAUUUUUUCCAAUCCCCUCUUUUGUUCUGAUAUUUUGAAAA